AUGGCGGCCGGUGUCGUUGCAGCCCUCUCCUCCUCUGUCAGCUCCGUGAGGGAUGCCACUGCUAACGGCCCGGCUCCUAGGAGUCCCCCUCCCCCCGCUGCAGCCUGUAACAGAGGCCUUGGGUCCCAGGGUCUUGGCAGUGUGGUGGCUGGCCUGAUGGGGGGCGCCACUGGGGCUCAGCAGCAGUGUCCCCAACACCUGUACUCUUGGACUCAGCCAGUCUGGGUCAAGGUGGACAGUGCAACUGACAGCCAUCUUGGGACUGGCCCUAGGAGUGUCGCCUCACGACUGACACAGAUCAUCACUUCUGUCCCCUUGGCCAUCUACGGUGCUCUUCUCAGUGUAACGUACACUAUUGCCGUGGCUACAGGUGUGAGGUACUUCCAGUUUACACACAUCGACUCUGGACGUAACAUCUUCAACAUCGGCUUGGCUGUCUUCAUGUCUCUAGUGUUGCCUCACUGGUUCCGCAUGCAGACCGUCUUUAUUAACACUGGUAUGGUCAGUGUUGAUGUCCUUCUCCAUUCUCUUCUGACCUCACCUGUGCUCCUGGUGGGCAUCCUGCUUUCCUAUUGGACAAUACAGUAUCAGGGUCUUCAUCGGAGAGAGGACUUGACUCAGCGGAGAUGGAGAAGACAGGAUGGACGUCAGUCAACAGUGAGCCAGGGUAUCACCAGGAAGUGGAGUUAAUUUACGAGUCCCCUUAUCUCCUGAGAAGACUGUGGAAGUUACCUUGGUUCAGGACGACGCCCUUCUCUGCCUGUCGGAUCACAGAUGAUGGAGACGUACUGUAGAGUCCCGUCGGAGGUCUCGUUUUAAAAGUUAUAGUUGUGUUGGUAUUGAUAUGCAAAGACAAGGGACUGUGGACAAUAGACAUAAUAUGCUAUUAGCUAAUGAUGUAUAUACAAACAUAUAAUCGUGUAUAUGCCAUACUGUCUAUGAAAUGCACUGUGUGUCGACGCAGUUAGUGACCUGAACAGAGUUGGCUUGUGUGAUAGUGGGGUUGUAUUGGUGGAGUAUUGGCAGAGCUGCAGCAAGAUGGUUUGAGUUGGGGGUGUCCUUUAUAAUCAAUCCUUGCAUGAAUCUAUAAAUCACAUUUGCGUCGUGGCAGACAGUUGAGCAGAAGUGUUUUAUGGGUUUCCGACACAUGGAAAUGCAGGGUAUAGUAUCAUUUAUUUUUUCUUUCAUUUUAUAAAUGCAUUUCAUACAAUUCUACGUCAUUUAAAUAAUAUAAGAUAUUAUAAUAUAUAUAUUUUUUAAACCAUACACACGACUGACAUGAGUGGCUACUCUGACUGACACACUGAAAUCAACAAAAAUGAACUGGACUUGAAUGCAAACAGUAGCCCAGGCCAUUGAACAGAUUGUUGUGAGCCAGUUUCAUCACAGCGUUCGAUGGUUUAUGCGGCUGCACAUGAAGAAACUUUCAAAGUUCUUGACAUUUUCCGGAUUGACUGACCUUCAUGUUUUAAAGUAAUGUUGGACUGUCGUUUUUCUUUGCUUAUUUGAGCUGUUCUUGCCAUAAUAUGUAGCUAUCUUCUGUAUACCACCCCUACCUUGUCACAACACAACUGUUUGGCUCAAAUGCAUUAAGGAGGAAAGAAAUUACACAAAUUAACUUUUAACAAGGCAUACCUGUUCCCGCUCCUCCUCCCUUGUGCUCGAGGGCGUGAGGUGGCUACCCUUCUUUACACACACCUGUCACCAUCAUUACGCGUACAUGUCACCAUCAUUACCCGUACAUAUCACCAUCAUUACGCGCACCUGUCACCAUCAUUACGCGCAUCAGCACUCAUCGGACUCACCUGGUCUUCCUUACGUUGAUGAUUACCCCCUAUAUAUAUCUGUCUGUUCCUCGUGGUGUUCCCUUGGUCCGAAUUAAUUGUUGUUAUGUGUUCCUGUCCAGACGCUGUUCCUGUUCCGUUUCAUGUCCGUCAGCUAUUAAACCUUCACUCCCUGUACCUGCUUCUCAUCUCUUGCAUCGAUCCUUCCAGGUGACUACCUCAUGAAGCUGGUUGAGAGAAUGUGCAAAGCUGUCAUCAAACAUUGGUUACUUUGAAGAGUCUCAACUAUAAGAUAUAUUCUGAUUAACACUUUUUUUGUUACUGAAUGAUUCCAUAUGUGUUAUUUAAUGGUUUUGAUGUCUUCACUAUUAUUCUACACUAUUAUUCUACAAUGUGGAAAAUAGUAAAAAUAAAGAAAUACCCUGGAAAGAG